UCUCACGAAGCCAGCGACAAAAGAUCAACUAACUAGCUCUCAGAUGAAAUCAAAUUUUUAAGGUCAGAAAUUUGGAACUUCUAUACAAAUUGUCGGGUUGAAUAGCAUCAGUUGAAUAGAUUCAAGACUAGAGAGUGUCUCUCUCUCUCUCUCUAGUUUUGUCUGAAGUGUGGUUUUCUUGUCAUGGGAAUGGACUUGGAAUGGUCUGAAUCAAGGCGUGAAAGAAGUGUCGAAAUGAGGGAUCAAGAUGACUCUCCCAGGAGGGAAAAAUGGGAAGGAGGGUAUGAUGAUUUGGAAAGUAAGGGUAAUGAGAAAUCAAGAGAUUCAAGCAAGCAUCUGAGUAAAGAUAGGAGUAAGAGCAGUGGUCAAAGAGAAGAAAAGGAACAUCAUAGAAGCAGAGACCGAGAACAGUCAAAGGCUAGGGAUGUUUUAAUUGAGAGAGAGAAAGAAGGGAAAGUUUCAGAUAAAGAUCGAGUGUCAAGUAGGGAUAAAAGGAAGGAGGACAGGGAUGAGCUCAAAAAGGACCGGACAAGAGAGAAGGGAAGAGAGAAAGAUAAUGAUCGGGGCAAGUACAAAGAUAAAGAGCGUGAAAGAGAGAAAGAUCAUAAAGAUCGCUCGAAGGAAAAAGAGCGUGAUAGGGACAGAGAGAUGGAGAAGAAUAGUGAGAGAGGACGAGACAAGGAAAAAGAGAAGAGCAGAGAUAGGGAUAGAGAAAGGGAAAAGGAAAGAGACAGAGCAAAAGACAGGGAAAGGGAAAAGGAGAAAGAGAAGUAUAAAAAUAGGGAGAAGGAAAGGGAAAAUGAUAGGGAUAGAGACAGAGGUGGGGUUGAGCGAGAGAAGGGAAAAGAGAGGAUUAGAGAGAAGGAGAGGGAGACUGAUGAAGACAAGGAUAGGUCUAGGGAAAGAGAUAGAGGGAGUCGGAAGCAACAAAAUGAGUUUAAUGACAGGAUCAAGGAUGUGGGGAAGGAUGAUAAGCAAAAAUUAGGUGAUGAAGAUGGUCAGGAUAUGGAUAUAUCCCAGCAGGGGACGGGUUCUCAUCACGAUGAGAAUGAUAUGAAGGCCAUAAGGCAUGGACUUACUGCCCGGGAUGAACCUGAUGGGUCAGAACCCACAGCAUCAGAGCUCAAAGACCGCAUUUUGAAGUAA